AUGGCGAUGUUUCGGUUGGUUUUUAGCGUGAAAGACCCAGUGAAAUCCGAUAAGCUGGCAUUAGUCGAAGGUAAGAUCUUGAAUUUGAUGUUUCUUGAUACAAAUAUUCCGGUGCUACCCAUUGAGGUUUGGUUACGAGUAACUCACAGUCAGAGACAAAAAACUCUCAAAGUCGCUUCAGUCUCAUUAUUCCGCCAUGUCGUGGCUCGAAUGUGGCUCUAGCCUGUUGAGUUCCCGGAUGUGACCGGGCAUUCUACGCGAUGCUCCAGUUUCUGUUGUUGUAGCAGAAAUUGUCAUGCAAAACAUCGAGGAACAACCCCUAGCUGCCUACACACGAACUUUACCUCUUUGGUUACGUUACGUUGACGACACAUUCACCGCCAUACACAAAGAUGGAAUCGACGAUUUUCACGAACGCCUUAACAGACAGAACACGGACUUACAGUUCACUAAGAGAUCAAAGAAAAUGGUAAGAUACCUUUCCUAGACUGCUUGGUCACUCAUGACAACAACAAACUACAAACUACUAUUUACAGAAAACUGACACAUACUGACCGAUUACUAGACCAGUCUUCGUACAACCCGACCUGUCACAAGGCUACUACUAUCCGGAUUUUGACGAGACGAGUGCAACUAGUUUGCGACUCACCUGACAGCCUACAAGACGAGACUGAUUAUCUUAACAACGUUUUAGUAAGAACAAUUACAACACGGACUUUGUUAGAUGGAACACUCACAGUAACAUUGAUUCCAACACUCAGACCAACAUCAAUAAUAUUCUGGCCCUGUUACGACAGGUCUACUACACCGUACAUCAGAGGCACCUCUGAAACUAUCGCACGUAUAUUACAACCUUACAAUAUACGUAUUGCACACAAACCGUUAACCACUUUAUGUCGACUGCUUACUAAUGUCAAGGACAAAGACAAACCGGAGGACAUGCAGGGAGCAGUGUACAAGAUCAAAUGCUGCAACUGCCAGGCUUCUUACAUUGGUGAAACCGGCAGAAACCUUAGCACUCAACUGACCAAACACAAAUGAGCGACAAGGAAUGGUGACGUCAGCAAUCACAUUGCUGAGUACCAUUUUCAGACAAAACAUCAAAUUGACUGGGACUCUGCGACAUGACUGUAUAAUGUAUUCUACAGUCUACUAUCAACGUCCAGUACUCUAGAAAUCUGGUUUACUAACUUAGAACAAACGCCACUGAAUUGUAGCCAACAGUUACCAGCGCCAUACAAAUGACUUAUUGACGAGAUCAAGCAAACCUAACUACGAGAGAACGAUUCGAGAACUGACAAUUUGACUAACAAUAGACGACUGUUUAACUGUGACAAUAGACGGGUUGAAACGCACCAAUUACUGAUUACGAGUCUUCAUAGCUAAUAACAUCACGGCUUAACUGACAGACAACCAAUAACAUCGCAGCGUAAUUGAGGAAUCAGAUCAACAACCACAGCAUAAUACCAUCAACUGACAUGAUACAACUCACUUUGACUCUGAAGUUGACUACCGAACAGGUUGUCAAAACGUCAGUCACUGUCAACAACAACAAUCCUAUUCAGGACUACGUUCACCUGGACGAUCAAACGCAACCUACUUUUAAAAGGUAUUAUUUUAGGUUUGCGGUUUGAUUUUCAUACCUAUAAUUUUUUCCUUUGUAAAAGCUUAAGUUUUUGCUUGAUUUAAAAAACUUUUUUUCAGAACUCAGGGUUUUUUUUCCCAUAAACUUAGAUCAUUUUUUCAAAACUCAGGUUUUUUCAAAGUCAGGUUUUGGUAAAAAAAAAACCAGUUUUGUUAUUGUCUUGAACAAUCUGCGAAAGAGAAGUUCAAAACAUUCCAUUUUUCUGUAGAUAUGUGUAAAAGGUUGGAACACUUGGUCACAAGAUGCAGUAACAUCUUGCAGCAAUAUGUGAUGUGGCAGGGACAAAUUACUUUUUGCUUAUUUCAAGAAUUUUUCUGAAAAUCUUGUCUCCGCAACAGAAUUUUGCCGCUGCAACAAGUCGCACAAAGAGAUUUGUUGCUGCAAAGUGUUAUGCUACUCGAUGCCUGAUUGUUAGUACACAAGUAACUUGCUUUUUGGGGAUGACAUGUUGCCUGGUGUGUUCAAACUCUAUUAAGUUUUUCCCAGCCGUUUUGUUAACAAUCCAGUUUAGAUUAUUGGCAAAUACAUUCUGGGAUAUGAACCAAGGGUGGUAUUGAAAAAUACAUGAUGUUUGAACUUACCUUAUUUCCCCUUUGUCUCCUCCCCAGAACUGGCGUGAUGGCGGCGGAGCUCAUCAGAAUGUAAUUUCAGCAUCUACAAGUGCUGCUAAGGCUGUUGGGAAGGUUAUUCCUGAACUGAAUGAAAAGCUGACUGGUAUGGCAUUCCGUGUUCCUGUUCCAGAUGUCUCUGUGGUGGAUCUUACCUGCAGACUCAAGAAGGGGGUAAGGCGCUGCGUCAUUGUAUGUUGAACUGUCAGCACUUUUGGCUUUAUUGUGUUGAUUACCUACAUGUAGUGUGACACUAGUCAGAGCAUUUUUUUAAAUAUUUCAUUAGCCCUCAGUGGCCAAUUCCAAAAAUGAAUUACAGUUGAACCUCCAUAUAAUAUUUAAAAACGUUAGGGUUUUCCCAGUUAAAGCCUUAGAGUUGGACCCUGUCUUAAACGACCACCUCUUGUAAGCAACUGAUACCACUUUUCGGGGAUGAUGGUUAAAUAACUUUCCUUUGUUUUCAGCGUGCAAAGAAAGUAGUGUCCAAUAGCCCGGGGCAACUAUAACUACACACAUUGCAACUUAGAAAUUGCAUGCAGUGAAUUAUCUUCCAUAAUGAAGAUGUGAUCUGACCUCUUCUCAGACGACACCCCCUGUGGUUUGAUUCUUGUAAGUCAUCAACUGUAAGCGACCACCAAAUCUGUUCAUUUUGGGUGUCCGUGUAAGGGAACUUCGACUUUAAUUUUAAAUAUAGACUGGAAACAUAAAUUUUUGUUCUGAAGUGUUUUGGCUGAAUCACCCAGCCUUCAACAGUUGAUUGUACAUGGUUUUGUAGCUGUCACAAGACCUCAGAGCAGCCAUUUGACGAGAGUAUGGUAUUGUAGAUGUUUGUGUGCUCCAUUAAGAGUUAGGCCCUCAACCAAAAUGUUUCAGGUUACAUUAUAAAAUGGUGGUAGCCUAUAUCCUGCCUUAGAAUUAAACAUCCUAUCUGUCUCACAGUAAACUGAGCAGACACAAAAAGGACUAUGGCAAAUCCAAGAUGGCCUUUAGUAACAAAUGUCUAUAAUUGUACACGAUUAUCUAGUUGGUGAAAAAUUCAUAGUGUGUAUGGAACAGGGUUUGCAAAUUUUAUUGAUGAGUGGAGUCAGUGUGACUUCUGCUUCACAAAUUUUGGAGUCAUGUUCAGCGUGCAAAGAAAGUCCUGUCCCAUAGCCCGGGGCUAGUGGAUUUUGCUAUCGGGCUAGUGAAUUCUGUUUUUAUCUUGCCCGGCGGGCAAGUGAUGUGUUUUGAGGAAUUCAAAUAACAGAAGAACUGUGAAAUCAAUUCUGCUUGUCAAAAAGCUUUUGGGACUAGUUGAAAUGAUGACUGGGCUAGUAAAUGCUAGCUUCAGCUUGCCCGGAAGGCAAGCUGUAAAAAAGAUUUUCUUUGCACCCUGCAUAUUGGAAUAUUUGGGGUUAAGUAUCACAAAAAUGAAAAAAGCCACUUUCAGACUUUCCAGCACAUGGUCCUGGCAUGUAUACACUAUCGUGACGGAUACACAAAGUAGCUGUGGCGGUCCGCUAACCUGGAAAGCUCAAAUCCAUGAUGGCGGUCAUCGAGUAAACUCUUCCUGUUUUGUUGUGCAGUAUUAUUCUUUAAUUUCGAUGAUUUAAUUAAGGUUUACAACAUUUACAAUUAACGUAAAUUGUAUUUGUUACGAAAAAGAUAAGAACAAAACUGUGUUUGUUACCGAAAAUUUCUGGAGUCGAAGUGACUCCCUCUGUAACCUCAAUGGAGUCAUCUGAACAAUUUUGGCGUAAAAUACGCCAAAUUUGGCGUAUUUGUGAACCCUGAUGGAAGCUGUGAUGAAAAAUAAUAUGAUCAAACCUCACACAAUUCGUCAGUGUAGAGAGGUGGCCAUUGUAGAGAGGUUUAAACAAGAGUCAAUGUAUGGACAGUCUGCCAAAAAAAGUGGCUGUUGUGAACAGGUGGCCAUUUUAGACAGGUGGGGGCCAUAAAAUAAUGGAGGUUUGACUGUAUUUGAUGCAAAGCCUACUUUAUCCCUCUAAGCCCCAAUAUCCACAUACAAAUUCUUCAAACUGAUCUCUAUACAUUUCCUUUAAGAAUUAGUUGAGAGAAUUGAUAAAAGAUCAUCAAGGCAUUUUGUCUUUGAUGAUCAUUAAAUUAAUUCUCAUAACCUUAUCUCUUGAUAAUGUAUGGAUAUUGCUAGGAGAAAAUUGAUUUUGGUCAUUAAUGUGACUUAAAGGGUUGAUUCAGGCUUACAUUGUUAAAAACAAAAUUAAAACUGAACAUUCAAGCCAUGCAGUGUUUUGCUUAGUGUUCUUCUGUAGCAACUUUGCACCAAUUUCCCGUCGUACUAAUUUACAAAUAAGUUACAUCCCAUUUUCUUUUUCAUUCAUUCUUUGUUUCAUUUCUUUUCUGUUGUAGGCAUCAUAUGAUGAAAUUAAGGCAGUGAUGAAGAAAGCAUCAGAAGAUCCAGCACUUCAAAAAUACCUUGGAUACACUGAUGAGCAAGUUGUAUCCACUGACUUCAUUAGCAGCACUUAUUCUUCAGUCUUUGAUGCGGCGGCUGGAAUUUCUCUGAAUCCAAAUUUUGUUAAGCUUGUAGCCUGGUAAGCAAAAGCAUGCACCUUAAAAGUCCUUGAAUGUCCUUGAAUUUUCAAAGAAAAAUCCAAGCUAGACCGUGAAAGAGCUUGAAAAUUGCAGUUGGUGCUGGAAAGUCCUUUCAAUUUUGAUAGUAACUUUCCGACCCAGAUUCUCACGUCUUUAAAAGGAACAAACACAGAAAGACCUCCAGGAUAAAAUUGCUCAUGUUGUGAAAGAAUUAAAAAGACUCUAAAAAAGACAUAGUUUCAAGGCUUUUUUUGCACUAAAUGGGGUCCUUGAAAAAUAAAAUGUAAAAUAUGUCAUUGAAAAGUCCUUGAAUUUUUUGCUCAAAACAGUACUUGACUUGAGUUGGGAGCAGUUGUUGUUGGGGGGGAUGGGGUGCUCCUUGCUGUAGGGCUCUGAAAGUAAUGACUCACUUUACUUUAAGUUGUGAUGGAGUCUGAGUCAGAGUUGUAUGUAUACUGAGCUCUCUCGGGAGCUAACAAAUACAGCUGAACUUAAUCUGCUAUGGCAUUGCCAGCAGCAAACACUGUACCACCUCCUUGGUUUUUGAGUGGCGCUCCUACUUUGAAGUUGAAUGUUGAGUUCUGCAGUCUACAACUUUUGAUCCUUAAGAUGAAUGAUUAAUAAUAAGUGCCAUUUACGGUUUAUGAGGGAAGCAUAAAGCAGUUGUUUUUAGGGCAUCUUUGAUUUAACCUUUGAACAAUCCUUUAAUUACUUGAUCUAGUUAGAGGGUAUGAUGAUACUGCAAAAUCCUGAAUGCAUUUUAAAUUAAUUCAUGUGUUAUGAAGUGUUUGUAUUCAUACUGUCUGACCCUCUAUUAGUAAUAACUUGGUUAAAUUAUUCAUAGGCAAGGUCAGCAAAAUCGUUCUCAAAAUUUUCUGUCUUUUUUCCUAGGUAUGAUAAUGAAUAUGGCUACAGCCACCGUGUUGUGGAUCUUAUCAAGUACCUUGCUGCCAAGGAGUGA